CACUGAGCCAAACGAAAUUUUUUUGUUACUAAAAAAAAAUCAACAAAUUGUAUUGUUAAAUGGCCGUGCGAACACGAACACACAGAAAUCCGCCGCAGCGCUCGAUUCGGAAGCAAAUCCUCGUGGCAGUCGGGAGUUAAUAAUCCGCAGAUCGGCCAGCUCGGGGGAUACACGCCAUCGGUAUCCGCAUCCCGCAACACCAUCCAAAGAAAGAUCGGAGAUCCCGGGAGGAUCCAGGGUUACGUGAUUCUGGCUGGGAUUGGCACUGGAAUUGGAUCGAUGCCACGAUGAAUGUGCGCAAGCGGCCACGUCUGGAGAUGGAACUGGGUGCCAGCGCCACCAACACCACCACCACCGCCACCACCUCCACCACGUCCUCCUCCGUCAGCAUGAGCAACCUCAUCGGGAAUCAUCACCACACGGCCGACUUGUCGGAGGCCCUGGUCAGCAGUACCUUCGCCAACGGCCACCAGAGCCUGAUCCUCACCAGCGCCACGGGCAAUGCGCUGAUGGGCAGCCAGGGCGCCCAGAUAUUCCUCACCAUUUGCGGGGACGAGAACUCGGACGACUCGCAGGAGUACUACGCCAUCAAGCAGGAGCCCGGCUCCGACCUGGAUGUCCAUUCGCUGCUGCCCACCAACCUGCAGCUGCCCACCGGCUGUGAGAUCUAUCUGGUCAAGGACACCGCCAGUCUGGUGGGUGAGCCGCCGGCCAAGGCGGCCAUUAAACUGGAGCUGGACACGCUGAGCGAGAAGCCGAGCCGUCCGAAGCCCCAGGUGAUGACUCCCGCUGCUGCUGCUGCUGCUGCUCCCUCGGGUAACGCCACCACCACCACCAGUGUCCUCUACGGCUCCCACACCCACGUCCAGGCCCGAUCCCAGCCAGAGGCCGCUGGCCAGACGCCCAGCAGCAAGCUGGAGGCCUACAAGAAGCGCGACGACAAGCGACGGGCCACGCACAACGAGGUGGAGCGCCGGCGUCGCGACAAGAUCAACAGCUGGAUCUUCAAGCUCAAGGAGAUGCUGCCCAGCCUGAGCUCCAGCUCGGGCUUCAGCGAGGCCAGCACGAGUCCCAGCACCAGCGGCAGUACGAGUACGAGUGCCGCCAGCAGCAGCAGCAGCAGCCAAGCACCCAAGGGCAAUCCCAGCAGCUCCAGCGGCCGCACGCCGCCCAACGACUCCAAGUCGCAGAUUCUGAUCAAGGCGUGCGAGUACAUCAAGAGCAUGCAGGGCGAAAUAGACACGCUGCGUGACUGUCUGCGGGAGGCGGACGGCCUGAGGGCGAGCAACCAGGCACUGCGCGAGGAACUCGACCGCCUGAAGAGGCAGCAGCAGCUCCAGGAGCGCUUCCACACGGCCGGCGGCAGGUCGACCUUCAACGUGACCCUCAACUCGCUGAACAGCUCGGCGACCAGUGAUCUCUUCGAGGGAAUCGACUCGACGCCCAACCUGUCCGCCGUCUCCUCGCUGGGAUUCAGCAAGCGGGGACUGCUCAUCAGCGAUUACGAUGAGUAGAAGGCAUGGGAAAUGGAGGCAAAAUUAUGGGUGGACCGAUAUGGUUACGGGUUACGGGAAAAAACAGAGAGAACGGAAAAAACGGAGGCGGAUGGACAAGCGCUGGCGCCUCCAUAAAGAUAUACGCCCAUCCACCAAAGAAUGACGUGCAACGUACACGCAACGCAACACACGCAGUACAAUAAACGGACAUGACGAGUGAUUUCUUGUUAUCGCCACUCUGUUAUGCAUAUGUUAUAUAAGGAAAGCAUAUUACAUAUAUGUAUGUAUCUAUAUGCAGUCGAACUUGGGUGACUCAAGCCAAGUUGUUGGCCUAACUGCUUUCGAAAAAGCAGCAACAAAAAAAGCUGUUCUCAAUUGAGUUUAAUUAACAAGCUGCGGCGCAACAGCUGCUUUUGUAUGCUAUAGAUCUGGUAUUGGUAUUACUCCUGCCCUCCAUCCUCCUCCUCCUCCAAAAUGAGCCCCCAAAAAUAACGAUCUAACGAAUUUGUACUUGGGUAUUUGAUUUACAUAUUUAGCCUUAAGUUCGGGGAUAUUAGAUCACAAAGAAUAUUGUUGAUAAGAAGCUUUAAAGCAUUUUCUGUUUUUUUUAUGUAUUUCUUCUUUAUUACGUUUAUUAAAUAUAUUUGUUUGUUUCGAUUUGCCCAGCGAAUCUACAACUAAGCUAUUUUUCUGUGUUCAUUCGGUCGCAACUUUCGCUUUCAGUGUGGAUUUCGUGCUUAGAAUAAUAUACAUAUAUUUUUUUCAAGACGUCAAGUAAACAGAAUUAUAAUAGGCAAAAUAUCAUAAACAAAUUGAAUGGCACUUCCAGCUGAAAGUCAAAGUGAGAACUGAAAUAAUAAACAUAUUCAAUUUAGUCUACGAUUUGUUAUACGAGAAUUUAGCCCUAAGUCCGGAGCUCCGGAGCUUGAGUAGCAAAAGUUCGAUUGCGUAGUUGUCAGGUCUUUUUUUUAUGGAGUGCACACAGAUCCUCAUGCAGUUUGCCAUCAUUAUAUACCUAUAUAUUACCUAGAAAUACAGAACUAAACCUAAAAGCGUUAACGAUACCUACCUACUUGCAUAUAUACCUUGAACUAAAUCAUAUUUGGAGCAUGUUUCCAUGCUUGAUUUUUCGAUUUUAUUGUACUGUUUCUCGCACUAAUUACCUACGGAAUAAUGUAACGAAAUUAUAUUGUAUCUAGUUAUAUCGUAUAUAUAUUAUAUACAUAUACAUAUAUAUAAAUAUAAAUAUAAAUAUAGAGAGACAAGUGUACAUACGUAGUGCAAUCGAUAAGAGAGUGGGCCGUGCGCACCGUUACAGAUAAAACGCUAUUGUUGAUAAAGAAUAAUAUUAUAUUUGAGCAUAAACUUGUUGUGAAUGUUAUAUCACUGUUUUCGAUAUACGACGCUGUUUCAGAAGUAUACAGAUACAGAACAAAGUGUUUUAAAUACGAGAUAAUUUUUAAUACUUAACGAAAAUGCCAAAUGCCAAAAACCGAACACAAAACACUAGGAUUUGGGAUUGCGAGAUGAGAUGAGGGAAUUGCAUUGUUUGACCCAUAGCCGAAAUAAAUGGGAGAUGGGCUCUUGUGUUACUUGUUGCUAUCUAUAUACAGUACAUUACAAUAAUAUCACAUUUCUGUCAUUUGACAGCUAAUAAUUCUAUUCAAUUUCAAUAAACGAACUCAGUAAUGGUUAACACACA